AUGAUCCCACAAGCGACCUGGAUCCAUGUCGUCGCCCUCACCCUCGCCGCCCAGGGCGCUCGCGCUCAGCUCGCCAACACCAUGGUGCAAAUCAACGGCCACCCCGCAUGGGCAAGUGAGGUCGACCUCACCACCUGGGAGGCACGCGCCAUGGACGUCACGUCCAACUCGUUUUGCGCCGGCGGCACGGUGCUUGGCAACGGAACGUGGCUGAACGUGGGUGGCAACCAGGCAGUCAUUGCCAACGGUGACUCUGCUGGUGCGGCUGGAAGUGCUGCUCAGAGCGGCGACAAUGUCUACGGCGACGCCGACGGCCGUAAAGCUGUGCGUAUCCUGGACCCGGACAACAACGGCCAGUCCGAGUGGGUCGACAACUCGGUAAACUACAUGACCACCGAGCGCUGGUACCCUACGCUUGAGACGCUCGAGGACGGCACCGCCAUCAUCUUUGGCGGCUGCCAGAACGGUGGAUAUGUCAACGACGCUUCUCAGGACAACCCGACUUACGAGUACUUUCCCCCAAAGGCCAACUGGGAGCUUGUGACGCUCAACAUUCUCAAGGACACCCUGCCCCUCAACCUGUUCCCCCUUGUUUGGCUGCUGCCUUCGGGCAACAUUCUGAUCCAGGCGUACAUGCAGGCGGUCAUCUUUGACUACAAGAACAACGUCGAGUACCCCAUCGCCAACAUUCCAGACUGCGCUCGUGUCUACCCUGCCUCUGCCGCUACCACCAUGCUCGCCAUGACUCCUGCCAACAACUGGACUGCGUCGGUCAUCUUCUGCGGCGGCUCCAACUACGGCGACAGCAUCAACUGGGCGGCUCAGCAGCAACUCCCGACCUACGCAGCCAGCACAUCUUGUGUGUCCAUCAACCCGGACGUUGACGCCAACUGGUACACCGAGGACGCGCUUGACGCUGGCCGCUCCAUGGGCCAGUUUAUCAACCUCCCGGACCGCCGUCUCCUCUUCGUCAACGGUGCCGGUACCGGUACUGCUGGCUACGGAACCGACACCUGGGCCGUUGGCCACUCGUACGCCGACAACCCGCAGUACCAGUCAUACUACCUCGACAAGUCCAAGCCCGCUGGCCAGCGCUGGUCAAAGGCCGCCACGUCCAAGAUUGCGCGCAUGUACCACUCGAGUGCCGUCCUUCUCCCCGACGGCUCCGUCGCCGUCGCCGGGUCCAACCCCAACCCAGACUACAUUCCCAACAAUGGCACCUACACCUAUUUCACCGACUCGUCCAUCGAGAUCUUCUACCCAGACUACUAUGACAAGUCGCGUCCCAAGCCCAGCGGCAUGCCCUCGACCAUUACGUACGGCGGCGACUACUUCAACGUUACCCUCACCAAGGCCGACCUCGGCGGCAAGACGUUGAACAUUAACAACACCAACGCCGUCAUUAUCCGCACGGGAUUCUCCACCCACUCGAUGAACAUGGGCCAGCGCCACGUCGAGCUCAUGACCUCGUUUACCACCACCGACGACGGAGGCGCCGUCCUGCAUGUGGCCCAGAUGCCGCCCAACCCAGCCAUCCUCGUGCCCGGCCCGGCCCUCUUCUUCAUCGUCGUCGAUGGCGUCCCUUCCAACGCGUCGUGGAUCACUGUCGGCGACGGCGUCGUCGGCACCCAGACACUGCUACCCGCGAGCGCCCUCCCAGACUCGAGCAUCACAGAGGACCAGGCCAACGGCAACUGA